AUGGCAGCCUCUAAAGAGCGUGAAACUUUCGUCUACCUUGCUAAACUUGCUGAGCAAGCUGAACGCUACGAUGAGAUGGUGGUGUCAAUGAAGAAUGUGGCUAAGCUGGAUGUGGAGUUGACUGUGGAGGAGAGGAAUUUGCUCUCCGUCGGAUACAAAAAUGUGAUUGGAGCUCGGAGAGCUUCUUGGAGGAUUCUGUCAUCAAUUGAACAAAAAGAGGAGUCGAGAGGGAAUGAACAAAAUGCAAGGAGGAUUAAAGAGUACAGGCAGAAGGUGGAGAAUGAACUUACUGACAUUUGUAAUGAUAUCAUGACAGUCAUUGAUGAGCAUCUUAUUCCAUCAUGCGCCGCUGGGGAGUCAUCUGUGUUUUACUAUAAGAUGAAAGGGGAUUAUUAUAGGUAUCUUGCUGAGUUCAAAUCUGGUAAUGAAAGGAAAGAGGUUGCUGACCUUUCUCAGAAAGCUUAUGAGGCUGCUACCAGCGCUGCUGAAGCUGAAUUACCUCCAACUCAUCCCAUUAGGCUGGGCUUGGCUUUGAACUUUUCAGUCUUCUUUUACGAAAUCUCCAAUUCGCCUGAGAGGGCUUGUCACCUGGCAAAGCAGGCAUUUGAUGAAGCAAUUUCAGAGCUUGAUAGCCUCAGCGAGGAGUCUUACAAAGAUAGCACAUUGAUCAUGCAACUCCUCAGGGAUAACCUCACCUUGUGGACUUCUGACAUCUCAGAAGAUGCAGAUGAUGGUACAAAGGCUGAUGGUGGCAGCAAGCUUGGAGGUGGUCAGGAUGCAGAGUGA